CCGCUUGUGGAGCGCGAGGGGAUUUGGGAAGGGCCAGUGGCUCCGGCCUCGCCCUUCGCUGCCGUUUGGGCGGCUUUUUUACUUGAGGGGAUUUCAGUCUCGGCGGCGUCCUGGGUCCGGUUUUGAAGAAUGAUUCGUGAAGCCGGCGGGGGUGACAGCGUCUUCGCGGCACUUCAUUGACCAUGGAUUCUUAUGACAUCCCAGAAUCGACAUCUUCAAGGCUUAAAGAUCACUUUAUCGGUGCCACCCCUCUGCAGAAGCGGUUGGAAUCAGUCAGGAAGCUGACUUCAUUUGUCCCGCCUUCACCUCAAAGGAAAAUUCCCCAAUGUUCACAGUUGCAGGAAGAUGUUGAUCCUCAAAAGGUUGCAUUCCUUCUACAUAAGCAAUGGACUCUGUAUAGUUUAACUCCCCUGUAUAAAUUCUCCUACACUAAUCUCAAAGAAUACUCUAAAUUUCUGAGUGCGUUUAUUGUUGCUGAAAAGCAAAAAGGACUUGCUGUGGAAGUGGGAGAAGACUUGAACAUCAAAGUGAUUUUCUCUACUCUCCUGGGAAUGAAAGGAACACAAAGGGACCCUGAUGCAUUUCUUGUCCAGAUUCUGUCAAAAUCUCACUUGCCAUCUGAGAACAGAGAAGGUAAAGUGUUGUGGACUGGUUGGUUCUGCUGUAUAUUUGGAGAUAGUCUUCUGGAGACUGUUCCAGAAGAUUUCACCUGUUUACCCUUAUUCCUUGCAAAUGGAGCAGAGACUAAUACAGCCUUAAUUGGAACCUGGUUUCAGAAAACUUUUGACUGUCAUUUCAGUCCCUUAGCAAUCAAUGCAUUUAAUCUUUCCUGGAUGGCGGCUAUGUGGACUGCAUGCAAAAUGGACCAUUAUGUGGCUACUACUGAAUUUCUUUGGUCUGUACCGUGUAGCCCUCAAAGUCUGGAUAUUUCUUAUGCCAUACAUCCGGAGGAUGCAAAAGCUUUGUGGGACAGUGUCCACAAAGCCCCUGGGGAAGUUACCCAGGAGGAAGUUGACUUGUUCAUGGACUGCCUUUGUUCACAUUUCCAUAGGCAUUUCAAAAUUCACUUAUCAGCCACAAGAUUGGUUCGCGUUUCAACAUCAGUAGCUUCAGCACAUACUAAUGGAAAAAUAAAGAUUCUGUGUCCUAAGUACCUUAUUGGAGUGUUGGCAUAUUUGACAGAACUGGCAAUUUUUCAAAUUGAGUGAGGCCUUGUGGGGAUAAGUCAUGGAUUAUAUACCCUUUUCUCAUUAUUUAUUUGACUAAUUGCUAUGCUGAGAAGCGACUGCAGGAGAAAUGGGCAUCCAUCUCGGCAUCUGUUUCCUCACAGUGCCUUUGGAGGUGCCAGCAGAAGCCAAGAAGGAUCUAGAACAGAAGGUGGUAGGGGAUGAACCACAGCCAGGUGCUUCUAUAAUAGUCGUGACGAUCAGGGGUGCCAGUCUCUAGAAAAUGCUGAGUUGUUAUUUGUUGACCAUCUUUCUAAAAAUUAUGUAAUGUUUAGUAUGUCAAACGUUUAGGAUUCAAAUGAGAUAGCUCUAAUAUUCAAUAUUUCUGAUUUGGGUCUCUAAAACUUUGUUCCUUGUAAGCAUUUUAGACUUGCAUUAAGAGAGAAUUUCUGUCUUGUAAAGACAUUUUCCUAGCACAAUUUUGCUGUAGAGAGCUAGCAAUCAACAAACCCUCUGCAAAGGAAACUAAAAAUGAAUAUGGAUUUUUUAGCCACUAAUAUGCUUCUGUUUUUAAUAUUAUUCAGUUCUUAUUGAAAUGUCGAAUU